UUUUCCAAACGUGCCCUAAAAAAUUGUUAAAAUAAAAUCUACUUUUUAUUAUUUUAACCUUCGGAGAAGUUUUUGUAAUUUUUCUAAAAAAUUAACUAAACAAAAAUAAUACUAAACUGUUCUUCCACAAUCUUAUACAAUCUCUACAACCGCCCAUAUCUUGUACAACUCGCAACAAAACCAAUCAGGAAUCAGUAAAAAAAACCAAUAAUGCCCAAGUUAAAGAAGAAACCACAUACUGUAGGUGCUUUCAGACAAAGAGCCAGAGCAAACAGAGCAGCCAAAGCUCUCCUAAAGGGAAAGAUUCCAAAGAUAAAAGGGCAAAAAAAAAAGUUCAUAGCAAAGCCAAUUCUCAAUCCAAUUGACUGGAGUCAACAAGACCUCUUGCCAUUCGAAAGAAAUCUCUACCAAGAACAUCCCAAAACAGCCUAUCGUUCGCCCAAUGAAAUCGAAGAAUAUCGGCAACGCAAUGAAAUCACUUUACACGGCCCAACGCCAAAUCCAAUUCUAACAUUCGAAGAAACUCAUCCGCACUUUGAUUUCUGCAUGUCAGAAAUCGAACGACAGGGUUACAAAGAACCAACUCCAAUCCAAGCACAGGGUUGGCCGAUUGCCAUGAGUGGAGUGAAUAUGGUGGGCGUUGCAAAAACUGGAUCUGGCAAAACGCUGGGUUUUAUUUUGCCCGCCAUUGUCCACAUCAAGGCUCAGCCACCUCUGGAACCCGGCGAUGGUCCCAUUGCGCUCGUUCUUGCUCCAACUCGAGAAUUGGCGCAACAAAUCCAUCUCGUUGCAGAAGAGUUUGGUUCGCAUGCAAAUGUUAGAAACUCUUGCGCCUUUGGUGGAGCUUUGAAAGCGGCACAAUCUCAAAAACUUCAGUCUGGAGUUGAAAUUGUUAUUGCAACUCCGGGACGUCUCAUUGACUUCCUUAUGGAUGAAACUACCAAUUUGGCUCGUUGCACCUAUCUGGUGUUGGAUGAAGCCGAUAGAAUGUUGGAUAUGGGCUUUGAGCCACAGAUCCGACGGAUACUGAGUCAAAUUCGUCCCGAUCGGCAGAUUCUCAUGUGGAGCGCCACAUGGCCAAAAGAGGUGCGUAAAUUAGCUGAGGAUUUCCUUGGCAAUUACCUCCAAAUUAAUAUUGGCUCGCUCGAAUUGUCAGCAAAUCACAAUAUCCAACAGAAUGUUGAAGUAGUGCAGGAAGAUGAAAAAACUCCCCGCUUAGAAGAACUCCUCCAAGAGAUCUUCAAUCGGCCGGGUGAUCCUGGAAAGAUAAUUAUCUUUGCUGCCACGAAAAAGAGAGUCGAUCGAUUGGUUAAGAUUAUGGAAAAGAAAGGACUUGACUGCAGGGCAAUCCAUGGCAGUAGAAAACAAACCGAAAGAGAUGAGACGUUGCAAAUGUUUAGAGACGGGCUACUCAGAGUUCUAAUUGCAACUGAUGUCGCUGGUCGUGGUUUGGAUGUGGAUGGUAUAACUUAUGUUAUCAAUUAUGAUUUCCCUCAGUGUGUGGAGGAUUAUAUUCAUCGGAUUGGGCGUACGGGACGCAAAGGUGAGAGCGGCACUUCGUAUACAUUCUUUAGCUGGAAGAAUGUGAAAGAAUCAAGGCCUCUCAUCAAGGUGCUGCAGGAAUCGAAUUCACAUAUUGAUCCGAAUCUAACAAAAUUGGCAGCUGGAGGGGUUUCUGCUUUAGCUGGCAUGAAUACGAAGAAAAUCAUUGGCCACGUACAACAGUUCACAGUUAAAAAAGGAUUUGGAUGUGAACCCGUAGCUAUUCCUCGUUACGGAAAGGUUCAGCCAUCGUACAAAUGGGUUCGCAAGGAUGCGGAUCCUGCUGGACCGGGGCCAGCCCGUCCUGCUGUUGUUACUGGGAUAAAACCUUCUAGUAAGGUUGCAGGAUUGGGAACAGCCCGUCCUGUCGACAGUGUAGGGGUGAGACCUAGUAGUACCUCCUUCAGUGGAAGAGGUGGAGGGUCUGGAUUCGGUUCAGAUCAUGGCAACAAAAUCCAUUCAGACCCACGUGGUAAUGGAUUUGGAAAUAGAGGCGGUGGGGCUGGUUUUGGGAAUGGUUCCCAAUUAAACGAAAGAGGAAAUGGUCGUGGAUUUGAAAGAGUACCGAAUGAUUCCCAUUUCAAUGAAAGAGGCAAUGGUCGGGGAUUUGGUAGGGAUGACAGUCUACCAAGGUCAAGUUUUGCAAACAGAGGCAGUGGUUCUGGCUUCGGUGGUGGUCCACCCACAAAGCAGAGAAAACAAGAAGAAAGUAGCCUGGACAAUGAAAUAAUAAAUUCCAUUCUUAAAGUAGUGGACGCUAAAGGGGGAGUAGAGAGAGCUAUUCUUGACCUGAAAGGUGGAGGUGGUUCGCACAGUCGUGGCGGUUCGAAAACUUUUGGUGAUGGCGAUGAGGCUUUUGGUCGCAAUAUCGAUAAUGAAUUCUCCCGAGCCAGACACAUGGAGGGAGAUCAUGAUGAUCGAGGUGGAAAUAACUUUGGUCGUGAUCGGAGGGAUGAUGGAUUUGGGGGAAGAGAUGAAAGGGAGAGGGACUUCCACAGGAGAUAUGACGAUCAGUUUCAACAUGAAGAAUAUCAACGGAGAUAUGGUGGAAGAGGUGAGGUCGGGCAGAGACACGAGGAAACGUUUCGUGAGAGGAGUGACGGGUUUGGAAUGAAGCGCGAUGGAGGCUAUGAAAGCGAAAGGUUUCCUAACAGAGAAGAUGGUGGAUUCGGCGCUGGAGGUGAUAGUGGUAUUGGAAGUAGAUACCAAGGUGGAUUUGGUGGAAGAGGUGACGGUGGCAUUCGAAACAGGCCAGAAGGUUUUAUCCAUCGGCCAGACAGUGGUGGCUAUGACGAAAGACAUCAACACAUGAGACACGGUGGUGGCCCUCGCGAAGACAAUCAUCUCUUCUCUCGAAGAGCUGAAGAAGAACACUAUCAUCGUUCUGCGUAUGCUUAUGAGCGUGCAAUGCAUAGUGCACACGUGCGGGAACGGGAAAUGUAUAGAUAUUGAAUUAAAAAAUAAGUUGUUCCCACAAGUGAGGAUAUAAGCUCACAUAAUCGCACUACAAUAUAUUGGUGGAAUUUUAUUUAAAAAAAAAACUAUGAAUAAUAACUUUUCUAUAUGCCCAUUUAUAACAGUUAUAACAGUGGAAAGUAUAAAGUACUCUUAAAUAUUGAGAAAUUGAAAAAACUGCGAUCGAUAAAAUCCAUACUUUUAUACAAAAAAAACUGUUAUAAUUAGGCAUUUAGUCACUCCAAACUAUCUAAUCUAGCAUUUUUAGGCUGCUAAAAUACAAUGUGUUUGCUAAGUGUUUUGAAUUAAAUGAUGAAAUUAACUUAGCCGUGUAUUUAAUCUAGAAUAGAUAAUUUAAUUUUUAAGUGAUUGAAGUUUGGGCCUACGUUCUACGUUCACUGAUUUGCAACGUCACACUGUGGGCUAGAACGCUAUUUUAGCAGGAAUUAAUUAAAAAGUCAACUUCUUCAAAUAUUGCUCAUUUUAGUCUUAUUCGAUAGAUAAAUGGACUAGCUAUAAUUGUUCAUUCAAAAUUGAGGUCAAAGCAUUCAUUGGAUACAUAAAAACACAAUCGAAAAGCAAGUUUUCGAAAAAAAAAAACAAAAAAGUCCACUUUUUCCUCUAUCCAGAUAUUCGUUUACUGAGUUUGUUUUAACGGAUCGAUUGUGAAAAUUUUGCUAGUUUAUCAAUUAGUGAUAUAUCCUUAUAUAGUAUUUGCUAUUAAAUUGUAAUUAUAUUGAACUUUUGUUUAUAAAUUUUAAGGUAAAGUAAGUUACUAGCAUCGAUUUCAUAUAAAACGAAUGUUCCUAAGCUUUAAAAAAAAGGCACGCGUAGGCACACUCUAGAAAUAAUUUUAAAAAGUAGCUAGCCUUUAUGGCAUUAUGUUUUUUAUAAAACUAUGUCCUAAAAGAGCAAACUUUUUUCGCUGUAACUCUGAAAGUAUAGUGAGAAAAAUGUUCAAAAAAAACCACUUACGAUGAAAAAAAACGUGUUGAAUGUUUUCAAAUAACGGUUUUUUUAUUUGCAUUAACAUUUUACCUUCCCUAUUUAGUAAAAACAACUUUUGUAAGCGUUCAAUGACACCAUUUUCGAGUUUGAUGCGUUCAAACUUCAAAAAACUCAUUUUUUUGUUUUUUAUACCAAUAAUAUCUGUUGUAAAUUGGAAAACCUUAUUUAACAUAAUAUUUCGUUUAUUUUUGUUGUUGGUCUUAUCUUUAGUGUCUGUUGUACCAUAAAAUUAUCAUUAUGGUAUGAUAAUUCGACAUCAUCUUAAUGGCUUUAACUGCAACUUUAGAUUAUUUCGAGAAUUUCUAUAAUUAAUUCCAGCUAAAAAAGCGUUCUAGCCCACAGUGCGUCACGUCAAAAAUAAUUAGCUAAUUUGAAAUGUCGCGUACAAAUUUGAUUUUGUGUCGUUCGCGCGUCUCCAGUGAGGCGAUAUUGAAAAAGGGCUCAGAUAUAAAGAUAUGAAAUAAAACUGUAUCUCGAGAAAUAGCAAUUUUUAACAAUUUUUCGAAAAUACAAAGCACAAAAUAGUGCGUGCGACUCG